UUUGUAUUGUUCGUACUGAAGAAGAGACUAAAAUAAUGAAAUCGUUUUCUGCAUUUGCCAUAAUGGCAGUAGCCAUUUUCUUGAUCUAUGGAAGUCAAGCAGAAGCUAAAAAAGGUUAUGGAGGAGGCUAUGGCGGUAUCGGCUAUGGAGGAGGUCCUGGUGGAGGAUAUAUUGGUGGCUAUGGCGGACACGGAGGAUAUGGAGGAUAUGGAGGACAUGGUCAUGGUCAUGGUUAUGGCGGUUAUGGAGGUGGUCAUGGAGGUUAUGGCGGAGGCCACGGGGGUUACGGAGGUCACGGAGGCUAUGGGGGAUAUGGUGGUUAUGGAGGGGGUUACGGAGGCGGUUUUCAAGGAAUAUUUGGAAAAGGAAAAUAUAAAGGAUAAUUAUUUUAAAACAACUAUUUGGCCUAACUAUAAUUCUAUCUAUAAAUCUGCCAAAUAAUGAAGGGCGUACCAAAGUCUUUUUGUGGAGCAUUUACGUUAUAUAAAUGAAUAAAUAUUUAUGUUAAAUAUAUUAAUCAUUGUCUAUACUAAUAUAUGUAUGAUAA